AUGGGCCCUCAGUCUCUUUGUACGAAAAUUGAGAACCACCUGACUAAGCUCCUGAAUGUGGCGGCCCAAUCCAAAACACUUAAGAAAAAUUUGUUCAUGGACUGGGAUUGUAAGAUUAAGAUGACUCUUCCAAACCUACUCAUCCCUUCGAUUUUUGGUCUGGGCUCUCCAGUGGAUCAAAUGAAUCCAAGAGUGGGGGUGAUUUGGGAUGCACCAGCGGUUGGGUGGAGCAAGGUAAACUUUGAUGGUUCUUCUGCAGGCAAUCCGGGCCAAAGUGGUAUUGGUUGCAUUUUGAGGGACUCUAAUGGUCGUUGUCUAAAAGAAAUAUCCAAAAAUAUUGGAGUGGCUACUAAUAAUGAAGCGGAAUUCAGAGUGGCAUUUAGAGGUCUUCAGCUAGGGAAGGAGCUUGGGGUGCAGAAAAUUCAUUUGGAGGGUGACUCAUUAAAUGUCAUUAAUGCGAUCCACUAUAAUAGCACCCCUUGUUGGCACCUUAACUGA